UUAGGGUUAGGACAAGAUUUCUGUGUUUGGACCCGAACUAGGUUUUAAAUUGGACCAUUUGGAUACAAAUUUUGGAUAUAUAACUUAUGUCCUAACUUGAUUUAAUCCGAGUCAGAUAAAUUUGAGCAUCCAAAUCGACAAAGUUUUGUCACCUCUAAUUGAAGGUAUAAUUAGAUAGACUAAAUAGUUGGAGCUGUAAAAAAAUUCACAUAUAACGUUAUGUUCGGCCUGACAAAUUGACCACGUGAGUCCCUAUUUGUUUCGUAGAUAAGGAUGUGGAAUUUUGGAUUGUUUCUUGAUUUUUUGGUGAUAUUGUCUGAACACCUCUUGGUUCCGUCCGGACAGUUAGCCCAAUUUUGGAGACAAAGAGGUGAAAUUUUUGAACAGUCCGGACAGUUCUCUGAGCUGUCUAGACACCUGACGGGAUUCUAUAGAUUUUUGACAGCUUAUAGAAGACUUGUAGGGUUUUGACCCAACUUCAUUUAGGGACGCCGUCUCGAGAGAAAAAGGGAUUUCAAUUGCCUUGUGGAUAAGUGGGUUUCUUAUUUUUAUUGUUUUCUCCAUUGGUUUUCUUGUUGAGAGAGCUUUUAAGAACAAGAUAGCAUUUAGAGUGGGUUUGUUCUACUUGUGUUGGGUAGUCUCUCUUGGUUUGUAACUUCUCCAUAUAGUGAAAUUGCUUCUCUACUGCCCGUGGACGUAGGCCUUUAUGUGUCGAGCCACUUAUAUCAUUGUGUGUUGUCUCUUUACCGCUUUGAUUCGCUUUGACAUUGUUGGUUGCUUGAUUCUCUACUUAACUUAGGUUGGGUUAAUUGGUUUGGUCAAUCGAUUUGGUGCUAUUGUUUGUGGGUAUUGAUGAUUUUAGCACAAAAAAUUUGCAUUGGAGCCUAGGUUUGUUCUUCGAUUGAUUUUGGGGUUUCUACUUUAUUGUGGUUAAUCGUUGGUUGUUUUACACCCUAGGUCUUGUUUAUGCUUUGAAAUUGACUGAAUACUAUUGGGUAGAAGAUGAGUGAGGAAGUUUCGGAUAAGUCUACAAAGGAAUUAGCACCCGCAUCGUCAUCUUCCACAUUAAGUCCGUCUUAGGAGAGGGCUAUCUCCAAUGCUAAGUUUGAAGUGGAGAAAUUUGAUGGUAAAGGAAACUUUGGUAUGUGGCAAUGUGAAUUUUUGGACAUGUUGUAUCAACAGGAUCUAGAUUUUACACUGGGUCACAAACCUAUUGAUAUUUCGGAUGGUCUUUGGGAGAAGUUGAAUAGGCAGGCAUGUAGCUCUAUUUGUAUGUGAUUCGAAAGGAGACUGAACUACUCAGUGAUGAAGGAGGCUAAGGUGAAGGACUUGUGGCACAAACUAGAGGAGAAUUAGGCUCUACUUGCAGAAAAAAUUAUUUAGGUUCCAAAUUUACCAGGUAGCAUUAUGUCAGAUCACUUGAGUGAGUAUGAGAAGAUAUUGGCUGAUUGGGAGAACUUGAAAGUCACAAUCCAAGAGGAGGAUAAAGCUCUACUACUCUUGAAUUCCUUGCCAAACUCUUAUGACCACUUAGUCAUUAAUCUUCUUUUAUCGGAAGAGGGAGAUUAAGUAUGAGGAUAUUUACAAUGCAUUAAAUAACAAUGAGGUUAGGAAGAGAGACAAGCAAGUUCACAGUGGCUGCUCUACUAAGGCAUUGACAAUUAGAGGAAGGCUAGAGAGUGAGAAGGGUGAGAAAUCCAGAAAGCAUGGCAAGUCUCGCUCCAAAUUGAAGAAUGGAAGACUUGAUAAAAAUGAAUGUGCUUACUCACUCCAAUGUUGCUUGUGACAGUGACGAAGGUUCUUAUGCGUUUGUUGGUUCAACACUUAUUGGCCACACUGAUAAGUGGGUACUUAAUUCUAGAUACACCUAUCACAUGUGCCCUCAUAGGGAUUGAUUUUUCACAUUUGAGAAAUUAGAUGGUGGAGUUGUCUACAUAGGUGAUGGUCAAUCAUGUAGGAUUGCAAAGAUAGGGAGUAUCAGUUUGAGGCUUCAUGAUGGAGCUAUUAGAGUGUUACAUGGUGUCAGAUAUGUUCCUAACUUGAAGAAUCUUAUCUCUUUGGACAUUAUGGAUGCCAAGGGAUGUAGGAUCACUUAAGAGGGUGGAGCCUUGGAGGUGGUUUCUGGGUCACUUGUCUUGAUGAGAGGUAGUAAGAAAGAUGAUUUGUAUUUCAUCAAAAGGUGUAAAUUGGUUACUACUGUAGUUUCAUCAUCGGCUAGGAUGGUAAAGACUGACUUUGGAUCUUCUCAUAUUGGGCAUACUACUUUUGGCACACUUGUUUGGAGGUUUCAUAGGAAUUGGUGGAGCCGUAUGUGAUGGUUGGUGCCUUAGUGUUCAAAUUUGGAAUUAGUGUUCAGAUUUGGUAUUGGUGCUCACGCAGUAUUGGGCAACAAGAAGAUUAGAGUCCUAUUUGGAAGUCUUCGGGGCUGUAUUGGUGCAUAGUGAAACUUGGGAGGGCCUAUAGUGGCUCCAACUUGGGAGGUAAGUUGAAUUUUGGAAGCCAUUUUGUUUCAACUUACCCGAGCUAGCUAUUGUAUUUGGGCUUCAUUUGGUUUUGUGAACUUUGUUUGUUUGGUGUAGUUUUUGGUUUACUCCUGGAGGUGGAGUAUACACUUGCUUGCUAGCCCACAUGCUACCUUUGAGUUCGACAAUUUUGUAGUCUUUGUUGGUUGAUUGGUUGGACAUUUGGGCUACGUAGUUGCUCACUUGGUUGCUCAGGAUCAAUGUCUAGUAUGCCAGGGACAUGAUCCACUUGUUUUGUUUUUGGCUUGGGCAUUGCUGUGCUACUUGGAGGCAGCGGAGUUUUGUUGGUUUGGUUUGUUCACGUUUGGUUGGAGCACAAGUGGGUGUUGGCUCGAUUUCUUUUCGUCAACGUGGAGAUUUGUGUUGCCUCAAGUUGAGCAUUGUCAGUUGGCAUCAUGAUUGCUUGUUUGUUGGCGUUCUUGGUGGUUGUUAUGAGUUAUUUUGACUUGGUGGAGUGCUGUGGAGUGGGUAAAGACGUUUACUUGCUUGAAACUCACCAAGGUGGAAAUUUUUGAAAUUUUGGCUUGUUUCUUGAUUUUUUGGUGAUACUAUCCGGACUCCUCUUGGUGCCGACUAGACUGUUAGCCCAAUUUCGGAGGACAAGGAGCAGGAAUUUUGAACCAUCCGGACAACUCCUCGAGCCGUCCAGACACCUGACGGAAUUCUGUAGAUUUUUGACGCCUUGUAAAUAGAAGACCUGUAGGGUUUCGACCUAAUUUGGUUUAGGGGCACUGCCUUGAGAGAAAAACAGAGAAAGAGAGCACUUACAAAGGGGAAACAAUUGAGAGAGAGUGGAGGGGUCCAAGAGAGUGGUUUUUGGGGUUCCGAUUGUCUUGUGGGUAAGUAGAUUUCUAGUCUUCGUUAUUUUCUCCGCCGGUUUUCUUGUUGAGAGAGCUUGUAGGAACAAGAUACCAUUUAGAAUGAGCUUGUUCUACUUGUAUUGAGUAGUCUCUCAUGGUUUGUAACUUCUUCAUAUAGUGAAAUUGGUUCUUUGCUCCCAUGGACGCAGGUUUUUGUGUAUAUCAUUGUGCGUUGUCUUUUUACCGCUUUGAGUCGCUUUGAUAUUAUUGUUUGCUUGAUUCUCUGCUUAACUUAGGUUGGGUUAAUUGGUUUGGUCAAUCAAUUUAGUAUUAUUGUUUGUGAGUAUCGGUAAUUUUAGCACAACAAAGCGGGAGAGUGAGGAUUUGAAUAAUGUCUUAAUCAUCUUGGUUGAAGGAUUGUUGACAAAUUAGCCAUGAUCGGUGGCUUUAAAGUGACUGUGGCCCGUCUCUUUACUGGAUUAAUAUAAUUUAUGGUUCAUGUAGCAUGAGCGGGUUGGGUUGGUCCAAUAGUGUGUGUGAAUUUGGCGAAAGAGAGAGGGAGAGAUGAGGAUGGAAUGAUUGAGUAGUAGUCUCACAUGAACGCACGAGGCCACCGUCACCAGCUGCAGCUGCAAUGGGGGGACUCCCUCCAGCCAACGUGCCACGAGGACGACAAUCAUGGGCUUCUUUUCUUGCCCGCACGCGUGCGGAUAAUUAAGCUUAUUUAAAAGAGGAAAGCAAAGGGAAGAUAGGAGGGAAUCCCAUAAUAAUGGAAAUUAUGUGGAUUAUUGUGACAUCAACACUAGUUUUGUUGCCCAGCAUCACCAUAGUUGUUGUGUACAAGAACUACAACAAUAACAGCAGAAUCCGAUCAUCUUCUUCAUCGUCGCCAAACACAUGCAAGCUCCCUUUAGGCUCACUUGGAUGGCCUUUUAUCGGCGAGACCAUCGACUUCGUUUCUUGUGCUUACUCCGACCGCCCUGAAAGCUUCACCGACAAACGCCGCCGUCUGUAUGGGAAGGUGUUCAAGACACACAUAUUUGGGACUCCAACAGUCGUGUCCACAGAUGCUGAAGUGAAUAAAUUUAUUCUACAAAGUGAUGCAAAGGCUUUCGUCCCGUCUUACCCGAAAUCGCUCACUGAAUUGAUGGGAAAAUCCUCCAUUUUGAGUAUCCAUGGGAGCUUACAAAGGAGAAUCCAUGGACUCAUAGGAUCUUUCUUUAAGUCUACAGAUCUAAAAGCUCAAAUCACCACUGAAAUGCAGCAAUAUGUGCUGAAAUCAAUGCACAAUUGGAGAGAAGACAAGCCUGUUUACUUACAAGAUGAAGCCAAGAAUAUUGCUUUUCAAGUACUAGUCAAGGUAUUGAUUAGCUUGGAUCCAGGUGAAGAAAUGAAGCUUCUAAAGAAACAAUUUCAAGAAUUCAUCUCUGGCCUCAUGUCUUUACCUGUUAAUGUACCAGGAACUCAACUUCAUCGAUCGUUACAGGCCAAGAAGAAAAUGGUUAAGUUGGUCCAAAAAAUUAUGCAGUCUAAAAGGGUUGGUGGGAUCCCCAUGGUUCCAAGGGAUGUGGUGGAUGUAUUGCUGAAUGAUGCCAGUGAGCAAUUAACAGAUGGUCUAAUAGCAGAUAAUAUGAUCGAUAUGAUGAUACCAGGCGAGGAUUCAGUGCCGGUACUGAUGACACUUGCUGUUAAAUUCCUUUCAGACUGUCCUGCAGCUCUUCAACAGUUACAGGAGGAAAACAUGAAGCUGAAAAGGCACAAAGAUGAAGUUGGAGAGAAACUGUGUUGGAGUGACUAUUUAUCAUUGCCGUUUACACAGACAGUAAUCACAGAAACAUUGAGGCUGGGAAAUGUUAUAAUUGGGGUUAUGAGAAAGGCAAUGAAAGAUGUGGAGAUAAAAGGGUAUUUGAUACCAAAAGGAUGGUGUGCAUUUGCUUACUUUAGAUCAGUUCAUCUUGAUGAAACUUUCUAUGACUGGCCUUAUGAGUUCAAUCCAUGGAGGUGGCAAGACAAAGACAUGAGCAAUUGUAACUUCACUCCAUUUGGGGGUGGACAAAGACUAUGUCCUGGUCUUGACUUGGCCAGGCUGGAAGCUUCUAUAUUUCUACACCAUCUUGUUACCCAAUUCAGGUGGGUGGCCGAGGAAGAUACAAUUGUUAAUUUCCCAACAGUAAGAAUGAAGAGAAGGAUGCCAGUUUGGGUCACAAGGACAUCAUCAUCAUCAUGAUUUCUCUCACUUGGGCUUAAAAGAAUAAUAAUAAGAGGAAGAAAGAGAGAAAAGAACCACCUUGGAGAGAAUCUUCCAAAUCAACAGUGGCGUGUUUGGACCAACCACUGCCAGUAGGGGAAUAUAAAAACUCAAGUUUCGUAAAUUGCCACACGUGUGUGGAGACGAAUCGUGAAAGCGACACUUUUGUCCGCUAGCUUUCAGAAUUAUAUAUUUUGUUUUUCUUGUACAACUUACAACCAAUAGAUAUUGUAAAUUUUAAAUGUUGUGUGGGAAAUGAUUACAUGUGUUUUAAUUAUCAAAUCAAAUAUAUUAUAUAAGAUAAUUAUGA